AUGGAAAAAUCCGACGGCUUCGUCUCCCAAGACGGCGCCGGCACCGAGACCGUCGAGCACGCCCGCCGGCGCAGCCUCUUCAGCAACACGGACAACCUCGCCGCCGUCUUCGAAAACCCCCUCAAGCAGCGCACCAAAGAAGAGCUCCUCAAGGACGUCGACGAGUUCUGCCGCAUCCACGAGCUCGGCGACCACCUCGACGACUUCCGCAAGGGGGCCCUGGCCGCCCAGAACCCGGAAUCCAUCCACUCGCUCGAGGAGCUGUCCCCCGAGGACAGGGAGGUCAUUGAGCGGGAGCAGACGCAUCGCUGGUCGCAUCCGUGGAUGCUCUACUGGCUCUGCUGCAUGUGUUCCAUGGCCGCGGCCGUGCAGGGCAUGGACGAGACGGUGAACAAUGGCGCGCAGGCGUUGUACCUCGCCGAUCUCGACAUUGCAGGGCCCAAUGUGACGCGCUUCUCGCAGUCCAUGCAGGACAACAUCACGGGUCUCGUCGUCGGCGCCCCGUACCUGUGCUGCGCCAUCCUCGGCUGCUGGCUGACGGAGCCCCUGAACAGAGUCUUUGGGCGGAGAGGAACCAUCUUCCUCUCGUGCUUCAUUGCUGCGGUUGCGUCCAUCUGGGAGGGCGUCGCCAACUCUUGGGUGAAUCUGUUCCUCGCUCGGUUUGUGCUCGGUCUCGGCAUCGGACCCAAGUCGUCGACUGUUCCUGUUUAUGCUGCUGAAUGUAGCCCUGCGCCGAUCCGAGGUGCCUUGGUCAUGCAAUGGCAGAUGUGGACUGCUUUCGGAAUCAUGCUGGGCAACAUCAUGGGCGUCGCCUUUGGUCCCUCGACGGGCAUCGACCCGUCGCUCGGCUGGCGUCUCAUGCUCGGCAGCACCGUCGUCUUGCCCCUGAUUGUCUGUGUACAGGUCUACUUUUGCCCUGAAUCACCUCGUUGGUAUAUCCAGCACCGCAAGGUCAAAAAGGCGUUUAGAUCGUUCCAGCGCCUGCGCUACUCCAACGUCCAAGCCGCUCGUGACACGUACUACACAUAUGUCGGAGUAGAGCUCGAGCGUGAAGUGAAUAGGGGCAAGAACCUCUUUACCCAGUUUGCCGAGCUCUUCACCGUUCCGAGGAAUCGUCGCGCCACAUGGGCUACAUGGAUUCUCAUGUUUGGGCAGCAAUUCUGUGGAGUCAACAUCAUCGCCUACUACAGCACAACCAUUUUCGUAGACUCGGGCUACUCCACCAACUCGGCCCUCCUCGCCUCCAUGGGCACCGGCAUCCUCAACUUCGUCUUCGCCAUCCCCGCCGUCUUCACCAUCGACCGAUGGGGCCGUCGCAACCUCCUGCUCUUCACCUUCCCCUUCCUCUGCAUCUUCCUGCUGUGGACCGGCAUGUCCUUCUUCAUCCCCAACGACGCCGGCCACACCAAGACGAGAGUCGGCAUGGUCACGACGGGCAUGUACCUCUUCGAGGUGUUUUACUCCCCGGGCGAAGGGCCGGUGCCGUUCACCUACUCGGCCGAGGCCUUCCCCGUGCAUGUCCGUGACGUGGGCAUGUCGUGGGCUACCGCGACGACCUGGUGCUUCAACUUCAUCCUCUCCUUCACCUGGCCGUCCAUCUCCAGGGCUUUCACUACGCAGGGCGCGUUUGGGUGGUACGCGGCUUGGUGUGCCGUCCUGUGGUUCCUCAUCCUGCUGUUCGUUCCGGAGACAAAGGCCCUUACGUUGGAGGAGCUGGACUAUGUCUUUGGGGUGAGCACGCGCAAGCACACGAGCUAUCAGAUCAAGAAUGCCAUUUGGCAUUUCAGAGUCUGGGUGCUGCGGCAGAAGUUGGAGCCCUUGCCGCCGUUUUAUCGCCGAGCUGAGCAGGUUGGCAGGCAAGGUAAAGAAGAGUUGUGA